AUGACGCAAAACCAAAUCCCGCCGGGCCACCUCGGCAACCUGACCGAGGAGCAAGAGGACAAGCUGCGGCAGCUGUGGGCCUUUGCGUUCCAAAUGCUCGAAAUGUACGAGAAAGAGGCGCGCAUCUUCGAAGAAAAGAAGGCGCGCGGCGAAGUCGACGACACGCCCAGCAAGCCCUCGGGCGGCAGUGGCGGCGGCGGCUGGGGCAUCUUUGGCAAGAAGAAGGCGACGACGGAGCUGACGCACCCCAAGUUCCCCAACUGCGUCAAGGAGAUGCAGAAGCUGAUGCCGGCGGACGAGCCCAACAAGGAGGAGCUGGUGCGGCUGGCCAUGGAGGCGCUCGACGUGUACACGCCCGAGACGGCCCGCGCGCUCAUCGUCGAGUCGGUCAAGCACGAGCACCCGGACACGCUGGCGCUGCGCUUCCUGCGCGCCCGCAAGUGGAACCUGAUGCGCGCCGUCGUCAUGCUCGCCAAGUCGCUGCGCUGGCGCGUCGAGGAGAUGAAGGUCGACCGCGUGCUGAUGCGCCAGGGCGAGGGCUUCAUGUUGGAGAGCGAGGUCGCCGGCGCCAGCGCCCAGGAGCAGGCCCUCGGCAAGGACUUUUUGAACCAGAUGCGCUGGGCAAAGGGCUUCUUGCACGGCGUCGACCGCGACGGACGCCCGGUCAACUACAUUCGCGCCGCGAAGCACCGCGCCGCCGACCAGAGCGUCGAGGCCCUGGAAAAAUUCACCGUGUAUAGCAUCGAGCUCGCGCGGCUGUCGCUGCAGGCGCCCGUGGAGAUGGGUACCAUCGUGUUUGACCUGACGGGCUUUUCCCUGUCCAACAUGGACUACGUGCCCGUCAAGUUCCUCGUGCAGUGCUUCGAGGCCAACUAUCCCGAGUCUCUCGGCUGCAUCCUCGUGCACAAUGCCCCAUGGGGCUUCGGCGGCAUCUACCGCAUCAUCGAGCGCUGGCUCGACCCCGUCGUGGCCUCCAAGGUGCACUUCACGACGGGGCCUUCCGAGAUUGCAAAGUACAUUGCGCCGGAGCAGCUGGUGAGCGACCUGGGCGGCACCAACCCGUGGGAGUACGAGUACGUGCCGCCGGUCGACGGCGAAAACGACCGCAUGGAGGACACGGCGACGCGCGACAAGCUGCUGCAGCGCCGCAAGGACCUCGUCGCCCGGUUCGAGGACAAGACGCGCGAGUGGAUCCGCGUCGCCGCCGCCGGCGACAAGACGGCCAAGGACAAGGUCAGCGCCGAGCGCGACGACAUCGCCGCACAGCUGGCCACGAGCUUCUGGGACCUCGACCCGUACCUGCGCGCCCGCUCGCUGUAUGAUCGCCUCGGCGUCUUUCAGGGACACGGCAAGGUCGACUGGACGGCCGCCAAGCGCACCCAGGACGCGCUCAAGGCAAAGGCCGAGGCCAAGUAG